AUGGGACGACUAGUGGGUCUGGAACUCCACAACUUCAAGUCGUACCGUGGAACUGCUUCAAUAAGCUUUGGAACCUCGUAUUUCACGAGUAUCAUUGGUCCCAAUGGUGCUGGAAAGUCAAAUAUGAUGGAUGCUAUUUCGUUCGUUCUCGGUGUUCGGAGCAGCCAUUUAAGGUCUUCGCAGCUUAAGGAUUUAAUCUACAGGGCAAGACUUUCCGAAGAUGACGAUAUCGAUUCCGAAGAGUCUGAUACCCCAACAACUGCUUAUGUGAUGGCAGUAUACGAGAAGACCGAUGGCGAGGUGUUAAGGUUGAAACGGUCCAUUAACGCGUCUGGCUCGAGCGAAUUCAAGAUCAACGAAAAAUCGCAUUCUGCGGCGCAAUACUCAGACGUUUUGAAGGCUGAAAAUAUCUUGAUCAAGGCCAGAAACUUCUUGGUGUUCCAAGGUGAUGUUGAGAAAAUCGCGUCUCAAUCUUCCCUGGAUCUGAGUAAAAUGGUUGAGGUUGUUAGUGGAUCCGCUGAAUAUGAAGAUGAGUAUGAUAGACUCAAAUCUGAACACGAGAAGGCCCAUGAAGAGACUCAGACAAUAUGGUCUACAAGAAGGAUUCACAACGGAGAGCUCAAACAGUAUAAGGAGCAGUACGCCGAGGUUACCAGAUAUGAGUCGAAAUUGAAGGAGCAGCAACAGUCCAUUCAACAGCAACAGCUGGUAAAGCUGUACCAUCUUGAUAAGGAAGGUAAGACCCUAUCGCGGAAGAUCAAGGAUUCCCAAAACACUCUGGAUGAGACGACCGAGACUUUGAAGACAGAGGAGUUGCUCCUUAAGAAUCUCACAUCAGAUCUGGCCAAAGAGUCGCUUAAAAGCAGCAAGAUUGAGAAGCAGAUUGUUAAAAACAGGCGAUCUGCGGAAGACAGGAAGCUGGAGAUGAUCCCCAUCAACACCAAGAUGGACAUGAGCGCUAAAAAGGUGAAGGAUUAUGAAAAGAGAAUUGCUGAUAUGAAAAGUGACCUUUCUCGUCAGGAGAAGUCUACGAAGAUUGCUCGCAAACAACUAGAUUCUUUGCGGAAGCAAGAGGCAGACUUCAAAGCCAAGCUGAAGGACAUGGAGAAACAGGGUUUGAGCGAAGUUGCCCAGAAAGAGUACAACGAGCUGAGAGGAGAUUUUCUUAUGAAAGGGGGCCAUCUGGACUCUAAGAGAUCUGAGUUGUAUGCCACGAAAGCUAGUCUUUCCUCUCAGGCUUAUGCUUUUGAACAACAAAUAGAGAUUACCGAGGGAAGAAUCGCGGAACUGGAAUCUAUGAAACGCGAGGUUUUGAGUAGGCUUGACGAUGCGACGACAGUUUUGAAUGACACCUUGAGUUCCAUAAGCAAGAGAAGAGGUGAUCUUACUACUCUAAAGACUAGUAAAGAGGCUUUCCUGACUCAAGAGCUUGCUCUCACGACGGAGUUGAAAGAAGUGUUGAUCGAAUUGAAUGAGUUGAAUGCCUCGCAGAGAGAAACCGCCCGAGAGGUCAAAUUGCGCGAGAACAAUGCCAUGCUCAAGAGGUUGUUUCCUGGAGUCAAGGGAAUGAUGCAUGAUCUGUGCAAGCCCAAGCAAAAGCGAUACGAGGCUGCUGUAGCCACCAUUUUGGGAAAGAACUUCAACGCAGUAGUUGUGGAUGGCAUUGACACUGCAAAGAAGUGUAUCGAAUACCUCAAAGAACAACGUGCUGGUGUUGCAUCGUUCAUUCCCCUCAGCACGGUCUCUUCGAAGCCUCCAAUGGCGUAUCUUCGCAAUCUCCAUGAAAAGGCUAGACCGGCAAUUGAUAUCUUAGACUUCGAGGUUGAUAUGGAAAAGGCCAUACAGCAUGUCUGUGGUAACGCUGUUGUUUGUGACAGCAUGGAUGUUGCGAGAUUUGUGAGAUGGGAGAGGAAAGUUGAUGUCAAAGUGGUGACUUUGGAGGGGUCUAUAAUUCACAAGGCUGGACUGAUGACUGGUGGUAGAACCAGAGAUGAAGGAAAGCGUUGGAACAAGCAAGACGCUCAAUCUUUGGCCUUGAGGAAAGAUGAUUUGAGGUCAAAAAUCGAGGAUAUUCAAUCGAGCCGGCCAAGCGAGCUGCUAGAGAAGAAGAUAUCUGACGAUAUCGCUAACCUCGAAGAUAAGCUUCCGGCUCUGAGAAGUAAAAGAUCCGAGCUUGAGAGGUCGAUCCACGACUACGAUGCUGAGAUUAAGAACCAGGCGAGGAUACUGGCUGAAAUCCUUGCCAAUGCUGAGGGCAACAGGGAAAAGCUUCAAGAACUGGAGUCAGUGAUUUCCGAGCUGUUGGUUGAGUUGAGGAAGGUUCAAGACUCUGUCUAUGGAGAUUUUUGCCAGAAGUAUCACAUUCAAGGCGGAAUUGGCUCGUAUGAGGAGUCCCAAGGCCAAAAACAGAGAGAAAUUGCCAAAGAAAAUGCUGUUUUGGCCAAAUCCAUAUCCGUGAUAGAGAACAAACUGGUAUUUGAAGAAGAGAGACUUGAAGACACUCAGACCAGACUUGCCAAACUGGAAAAGGACAAAGCUAAGUUUGAGACUCAGUUGGAGGAACAGAAGAAGAGGAGAGAGGAACUUGUGGAGCAAAUAUCGCGGUUUGAAGCUGAAGCUGAAGUGAGCGCAGCUGAGUUGAACGAACUCCAUACCGAUCUUUCCGCCCUCAACAGAAGAAAUGCUUCCAUCUCCGAAAGAGUGUCUGAUCUCAAACUUGAGAUUACUGGGCUUCAAAAGAGUAUAGCUUCGUAUGAAACCGAUCUGGAGAAGACUGCUGUUGGGAGACUAGGAAUCCUGAGGUAUUGCAAAAUGGAGAAUAUUGACGUUCCGUUACUGUUUGGCUCGCUAUCAGAAUUGCCGAUUGGAAAUGACGGUGACGAGGAAAACCCAGAUGAGGCUGCUCUGGAGAUCCUCAAGGAUUUUGAGUUUGACUACUCCUCUCUGGAAGAAAGUGUCAGGAACAGAGAUCUGGAUGCUCUGGAUAGAGAGUUCUCAGAAAAGAUUCGCUCGAUUGGCGAAGAACUGUCUGGCUUUUCCCCCAACAUGAAGGCUGCUGAAAGACUUCAUGAGGUUGAGAACAAACUGGAAGAAAUUGAUCAUGAGUUCAAGAUUGCUCGCGAAAAGGAGCAGGAAAUCAGCAAUUCAUUCAGAACUCUGAAGGACGAAAGACACUCGAAGUACAUGCAAGCAUUUUUGCAUAUCUCCAAGAAGAUCGACUACGUUUACAAAGAGCUCACCAGAUCGCGGGUGUCUCCUUCAGGUGGAUCGGCUUAUCUUACUCUCGAAGAUGAAGACGAGCCUUAUCUAGCUGGAAUCAAGUAUCAUGCUAUGCCCCCUCUUAAGAGGUUCAGAGACAUGGAGCUGUUAUCAGGAGGUGAGAAGACGAUCGCCGCUUUGGCACUGCUUUUUGCUAUCCACUCGUUCCACCCAUCGCCUUUCUUUGUGUUGGACGAAGUGGAUGCUGCUCUGGAUAACGCCAAUGUCAACCAGAUAGCUAGUUACAUCAAAAACAACUGUGGGCCAGACUUCCAAUUUAUAGUCAUCUCUCUCAAGAACAGUUUGUUUGAGAGAAGUGAUGCUUUGGUUGGCAUUUACAGAGAUCAAGGCGUUAAUAGUUCGAAAGCCUUGACUCUGGAUUUGAGGGAGUUUCCAGAGAACGAGGUUGCUGCUGUUUGA